AUGGAGGUUGCUGGCCGAGCACUUAGUUUCUGGUGCUAUCAGGUCGACCAGGAGAUGAAGUUACAGGAGACGAUUCACAAAAGCUUCAAGGACAAGUGCCAGCGUCUGGAGCAAGACAUGGGCACUCUCGUGUACAAUGCUAAUCAAGAGAUUCAAGGCAUGGUUGCGAAGUUGGAAGGUCUGGAGCGAGAGCUACACUCGGAGCGGCGCAAAUCACAUGGACUCUGCGAGCAGGUCGGAGAGAAGCACAGGCAAUUCCAGCGACUCCAGAUUGCGUUCGACAAGCUCAAGACCAAGGCACACAGCGCAAGCCUCACGGCUGUCGAGGCCGACGUGGCACCCGCAGAUUUCGGCUGCCGGCGGUCGUUCAGCUUUCCUCCCUCGCCGAUGCCACUGCCCAGUGCAAGGCCAGCAGACCCGCUUGCAGGCAUCGGCAUCAAGCCCGGAAGCUACCGCGACAUGCUUGCCCGACCCAGCCGCAUCUACGACGAGACCGGGAGCCAAAGCAGUGCACGAUUCACACCGGAGCGGUUGUUCUAG